AUGGCGGCGAACGAGGCGGUCAAGUUCAAUAACGGAAAGGUGAGCUCGAGCAGGACACACCGGAUUUUGGUGCUAUCAUUACAGGGCAGAUUGUUGCAGAUAGUCUGUGGUCGAUGGAAAGUGCUGUCCAGGCUUGGUGCAGGCGGUUGCGGUAGUGUUUACAAAGUCGAAGAUCUGAAGCGGAAGGGUUACAUUGCUGCUUUGAAGGCAGAAGCAAUCAUCGAAGAUGACAGUGGCGUAUUGAAGCUGGAAGCAGCCGUCCUGAAAAAGCUAGCCGAUCGGAAGAACGUCAUACGAUUGCUGCAGUCUGGGAAACGGACCAAGUACAGGCUAUCGUUUCAGUUGCACGAAAUCGGUUUUGUCCAUCGCGAUGUGAAACCUGGCAAUAUGAUGAAUGGAGCCAGCGGGCGAGAUCGGCGCAUCAUUUUUCUCAUAGACUACGGUAUGGUAAGAAACUUUGUAGUACGCGAUGGCAAAGGUAUUUCAAUGCGAAAACCACGGAAGAACGUCUUACUGCGAGGAACUCUACGUUACUGCUCGCUCAGUGUUCACAGACGUCUCGAGCAGGGCCGUGUUGAUGAUCUCUGGGCAAUGAUCUACAUGCUUGGCGAGCUGUAUUUGAGAAAGGAUAUCGUUAAAUUGAAAGAAACCGAAACAGAUGAGAGCGUGUUCAGGGAUUGCCCAGAAGAGUUCGUGCUCGUUGCCAAGUACCUACGGACGCUAGCCUAUCAAGAUCGACCGGACUAUUACAAAAUUUAUAACUGGGUCUGUUUUCCGAUCGAUAACCUAUCUGACCACGAGUGA